GUCUUGAAGCUGCACACUAAGUUGGGGAAGCCCAUCCCUACCAUUGAACCAGUGCUGGGGGACUCCAGCUCGGCCCAGGCCACCUGCACCAGCAAGCCGGCCCCCGUCGCCACGGAGAGUCCCCCCAUGGCCUCUGCUAAGCCCACAGCCCCUGCUGGCCCCGGCGUGUGCGCCCUGAGCAAGCCAGCACUGGCCAGGAGCGUGGGGCCUUCCAAGCCUCAGGCGGCGAGCAGCAGGGCCCCAAAGGGCAAACGGGCACACCCCGCACCAGAUGGGCCCAGAGAUCCGCCCGCCAGAGGAGACUCUGCAGAAGCUUCUGGAAGCUGUGAUGCGCAGCCAGUGGGCCCAGACUAUGUGGAAGAGGUGCGCAACGAGGAAGGCAAGGUGGUCCGGUUCCAGUGCAGGCUGUGCGAGUGCAGUUUCGGCGACGCCACGGCCAGGGACACGCACGUGCGGGGACGGCGGCACUUGCUGCAGCGCAAGAAAAAGGUGGACCCUGACCUCCCGUUUGCAGUGAAGCCCAGCCACAGAGCUCGGAAGCUGCUGGAGGCCAGGCUGAGGAAGCAGAGGCAGCUGACCAGGAAGCGGCUCGAGGAGAUGCGGUGCUGGCACGAGCAGCUGUGCAGGAGGCGACCGGAGGAGGGGCCCCAGGCCCCGGAUGAGCACCCCGGACCCUCACCACCCGACCAGCACUCUCCUUCCCUCACGAGCAGGCCGGGGGCGCCUGCCAGCUCACCUCUGCGUGCGCGGCGGCCGGAGUCCAGCGACGACCGGCACGUCUUGUAUAAGCACGCCACCAUCUACCCCACGGAGGAGGAGCUCCUGGCCGUGCAGAGGGCCGUGUCCCACUCGGAGCGCGCCCUCAAGCUGGUGUCCGACACGCUGGCCGAGGAGAACUCCACAAGCCCAGAGCACGCGGGCGGUGAGCACAGCGGCGGCUCGUCCUCAGCUCGGGUCCUGAAGGGCGUGAUGCGGGUCGGCCUCCUGGCGAAGGGCCUGCUCCUGCGGGGAGACAGGACGGUGCGGCUGGCCCUGCUCUGCUUGCAGAAGCCCACGCGCGCCCUCCUACAGAGAGUCUCCGAGCAGCUGCCCCGGCAGCUCCCGGUAAGCGGGUAAGCGCCGUGGCCCCCGCGUGCGGCCCCCAGACGGGAUGGCUUUGUUCCCACGCGGUUCUAAGAAACAAGAGACGUGGCUGUUGGACCCAGACCAGGUUGUUUUUAUAAAAAAGUUGAUGAGAGGGGGGAACUUCGGGGUUCCUUUAUAAAGUGAAUUUAGGGUAAAACUCAGAAAUGACGUAACUGUCCCGUCACUAUGGAUGGUGACUUACUAGCCGUUACAGGGGUGAGUGGAGCCGAGCACUGCACAAGGCCCUUGGUGGUGGGGAGUCGAGAGCGGCCCUGU